UCGCUGGCCGGCUCUAGCAGAGUUGGGGCUCUGCCGCCCAGGGCAGUUGGGCGCGUGGGACUGCGAAGGUGUGCUUCGCGGCGCGGCUCAUCCUUUCCAGGGGAAGAGCUAUGGGGCGCGCGGGCGCCGGGGAGCGGGCGCCGGUGUAGUACGCACGGUGCCUGGCGGGGGAGCGCGGCGGCGGCGGCGGCGGCGUGCCCUGGGAGGCCUUUGAAGGCCGCCGUCCGGAUUGCCCGGCCUCUGGCGACAUGGCCCCCAUGGGCAUCCGCCUGUCCCCACUGGGGGUGGCCGUGUUCUGCCUUCUAGGGCUCGGCGUGCUUUACCACCUCUAUUCGGGGUUCCUGGCAGGCCGCUUCAGUCUCUUCGGCCUGGGAAGCGAGCCUGGCGGCGCGGCAGGACCCGUGAUCGCGGCCGACGGCGGCACCGUGGACUUGCGCGAGAUGCUGGCCGUGUCUGUGCUGGCCGCUGUUCGCGGUGGCGACGAAGUGAGGCGCGUUCGCGAAAGCAACGUCCUAGAGGAGAAGUCCAAGGGGAAGACGCGCGAGGGAGCCGACGACAAGAUGACCAGCGGGGACGUACUCUCCAACCGCAAGAUGUACUACCUGCUCAAGACUGCCUUCCCUAACGUGCAGAUAAAUACAGAGGAACAUGUGGAUGCGAGCGAUCAGGAAGUUAUCUUAUGGGAUCAUAAAAUUCCUGAGGACAUCCUGAAGGAAAUAGCCACCCCUAAAGAGGUGCCAGCAGAAAGUGUUACUGUCUGGAUCGACCCACUUGAUGCUACACAGGAGUAUACAGAGGAUCUUCGAAAGUAUGUCACUACUAUGGUUUGUGUGGCUGUAAAUGGUAAACCUGUCCUAGGAGUAAUACAUAAGCCAUUUUCUGAAUAUACAGCUUGGGCAAUGGUCGAUGGAGGGUCAAAUGUGAAAGCCCGCACUUCGUAUAAUGAGAAGACCCCUCGGAUCGUUGUGUCUCGCUCCCAUUCAGGAAUGGUCAAACAGGUUGCUCUUCAGACUUUUGGAAACCAGACUACAAUUAUCCUGGCUGGUGGUGCUGGUUAUAAAGUUUUAGCACUUUUGGAUGUGCCUGAUAAGAGUCAAGAAAAAGCUGAUCUAUAUAUUCAUGUGACAUACAUCAAAAAGUGGGAUAUAUGUGCUGGCAAUGCCAUCUUAAAAGCCCUUGGGGGGCAUAUGACUACCCUGAGUGGUGAAGAAAUCAGUUAUACUGGUUCUGAUGGCAUUGAAGGAGGGCUCCUGGCGAGCAUCAGAAUGAACCACCAAGCUCUAGUCAGAAAACUCCCAGACCUGGAGAAGACGGGACGUUAAUAAGCAACGUUGAUUAUAGAUCACAGCUCUCUCGGAGCUGAUGUGGUCAGCCUAUGGUGGGAGUUCAGAUGAUCGGUGGAGACUAUGCAUGGUUAAGGCCAUCCCAAAAAGUGUUUAUGAAACAUCAGAGACUUAUUUUCCCUGUACUAGGAUGCAACAUCAGGGAAGAUGGAUUGCUUCGUGUCUCAAGUAUUGUCUUUAUUUUUGAGACUAUUUUCGUACAGUUGUCACACACAAGGUAUAUAUAUAUAUGUAUAUGUAUAUGUAUAUAUAUUUGUGAGUUAAAAUCUAUAACUGAGUCUACAUUGUUAUGAGUCACCAUUUUCAUACAUCAUGAAUCUUCACUGUUAGUACUUUCAUGUAAAAUUGGGCUGAAGAAAGGAUUGAUUUCGUAUAGAUAUUUAAUAUUACUUUAUACUUACAUCUCAUUGAAAAUAAAGUAAUUUGGGGUUUUUAACCCCUAAUUCAGAUGGAAAGCACAAGAAGCCACAUGUUCGUUAAUAUGCAACAAAUGCUCUCUUUAUCUGUUCCUGAAUAUUUCUUACGGAUUAAAACAGAAAAAUUUUAAGUUGUUUUUUUCUUUGAAAUUUUAAUAACAGGUUCACCAGCUAGUAGAGAAUAUAGAUAUAUAGUAGUUGUGUUGUAAUUUCUGUGUGUGUGAGUGUUUUGUUUCUACAAUGAACAAUAGGUUUGUACCCACAGGUUCCACUUUACUCACAUUUUGCUGUUGAUUUUCAUUUGUCCUAUAGACAGUGCAUGAUUCCAUCCUUUCCCUCUUGACCAACAUUUUAGCCUUUUACUUGUUAGGUUUGGAGUAAGAUUUCAGGGUUGGCAUAGCAUUUUGGUACAUUUUCUCAUUAGGGACAAAAUAUGCUAUAAGGCACUACAAAAAUAUAAAGAAUUCUCUUAUUAAUUGAGCAUUAUUUGACACUGUAUGAAUUGCGGUAGAUUUCAUUAUUUUCAAAAGCUUUAAGUACUUUCUAAGAAAUUUUCCAGGUCUGUAUAUAGGAAUUCUCUCAUUAUCAAGAAUGAGUUAUGGUUGCUGUUACCAUUAAUAAAUGGAUCUAACCUAAUCAAACUCUCAAAGUAGUAAAUUUUGAGAUAUUUGAUAAUUGUCCUCCAGAUUAAAAUAAUGAAGGUUAAAGUUAAAUUUUCAAGUAUUAUUUUUCUAGUCAGUAUACAGCAUCUGGCUGGAAAAACGGUUGUGACAUACUCACUGUGUCAGUGUAAUUGGGACCUUGCUUUGUGAACUACCGUUGGAAUGUCUGAUUUCUCCCAUUGUGAUGUCUGAAAACUUCAUGUAUGCAGACAGUACCAUUAUUUCAUGUGACUUUGAUGUCGUUUUAUUCUGUAACACUGAUAAGGAGAGGGAUUUCUCACAUUUUCUUUUCCUCCCUCCCUCCCUCCCUCCUUCCCUCCCUUCCUUCCUUCCUUCCUUCUACCUAAAGCAACUUGCCAUUUAUUUCCUAUCUUGAAGAUAAAAUUGACCAAAGAAUGAACAGCUUCACCUAGUGGGAUGUGCAUACAAUUUUAGGUUUGUGGAUAACAGUGUCAUUAAAAGCCCUUUAGUUCCUCGUUAGGAAAUUGAAUUUAGUAUGAUGCGCAUGUUUUCCACUCAAUCUCUAGCAACUGGCCAUGAAUCCAGUAGAGUAGUUGGCCUCAAUAGGUAGGCUUUUAUUCAGUGGAAAUUUAUUCAGAAUUUUGGUAGUGGGAAUACUAGGUAUUUAAACAGGACUUAGGAAUCCUGAACAGAUUAUUAAAGACUUCAUCUUUUUACUUUGCAAUGAGAUGAGGGAAUCCUCUUUUCUCAGGAGACAUAGCAAAAACACAUAUGCUGUUUCCAGAGUUUUGUAGUAUAAAAGCAUUUUUGUCAUGUAAUAUGUCAAAUUUAGGGAAAUAGGACUAGCAUAGUAAAAAAUUGAAAUUCUUUAAUUGGAGUUGUUUUUUUUCCUAAUAUAUGGGAGUUUUAGCAAAUAUGAUUGCUUUGGUUUUACUUUUAAUUUUAUUAAUUGCAUGUAGAUAAUGACUUUGUGAAGGAUUUGUGUGCAAAACUUAAGAUAUUGACUGUCACUUAAAUGCAUUAUUUUUAUAAUUUGGUAUAGUCUAGUCACUAAUGACUUAAGUGCUUUUAUAGAAAGUCUGUUUAAGUAUUUUUGUUUCUGAAAGUCAAUAUUCAUUACAGAACUAAUAUAACUACAAAGAACAGUAUUUAUAUUUAUUUAUAUGAGACAUUAUUAUGCCAGAACAUAGCCAAACACCUUUAUGAAUAAGUGAGGCAUGUAAUGUCUCCCAGGAUUAAUAAAUUAUUUCUAAAAUGUAGCAGAAUAACUAGAGUUUACUUUCAGUGACUCUCAUCUCCCCAACUCCUGGUCUUCCCUUUCCCUCAUCUUUGUCCUUAUUUAGAGGAUCAGUUUCCCUUAAAUUGCGUUUUACACAUCACAUUUAGUAAAAGCAGCAACAUCAGUAACCUCAGUAGCCAUCAGCUAUCCCCGUUCCCUGCCUUUCUUCAUUUCUACCUCAUUCCCUACCUCCCUAGCCCCUUAAUAUUCUCAUUUUAUUUCAACUCUUCUUUCUUAACCAGUAUACCCUUCCCCAAACCUUAUCCAGGAAUUCUUUCACAGAUGUAUUUCUCUUAAAAUUGGCUGCUGAAAUCUUACAGUAGAAUUGAGACUCCAUAGUCAAAUUUCCAGUGAUCAAUCCUGGAGGAAUCCUAGUUGACCAUUUUCAAACUCCCCGGAAAAGUACAGUAAAAUCACUUCAAAACUGCAGUGCUUUAUGCUGUCAAAUCUAAUCCAAUGCCCCUGUCUUUACAGUGCAAUUCUUCCAACCCAUCCUUCAAAGAAUAAAAAUGCAGGAAAUACAAGAGAGUUGGGUAUAUAAGUCUGUUUGAGAAACUUGCUUUUUCUUUUAGUUUUCAUACUUGAAUCCUUAUUUUAGUUGAGAUUACAAGGACCUACAAGGUAGGUCCUAUCUAUCUGUCCUUGGUAUUAAAUUGUCCCUUUAACCCCAGUUUUAGGUGGGUUUUUUUUUUUAACAAUUAAUAUUCAAGCAAAUUGUUUAUAGCUGUAUAAUGAAAUAAGCAUUUUGGGCGUAUGUGUUUUAAAUAACAGUUGUGCAUACUCUUUGCUGGGUGGGUGCUCCCUUUCAAUAUUGUGCAAACUGGGGCAGAGGAAGUGCAGGGUGAGGGUCAGUGGCUAAGAAAAGAGUGGGAAAGAGGAAAGACAGCUCAGGGGAAGGUUAGCAAAGGGAAGAGGCAAAGCAAACUUCUCUCUGCCCUGACCCUUGUGUGAUCAGGAACUCUGCCCUUGUCUCAGAUAUUUAAUCCAAAAAUUGGAUUUCACUGAGGCUUUGAAGGUGACAACUAUCCCUGAUAGCCCAAGCAUAAAGGAAAGCAGGAGUGCACUCCAGUCCUCCGAAAAGAAAAUACCCAGCUUGCUCUCCGAGGUAACACCUUGAAAAUGGCCUUAAGGAUACAAUCUUUGGCAAGUUAAAAACAAACUAUUUGGGUUAUUUUAGCUGCAAUUACUUGGUUCUGUGCUGAUUGUUCCUGGACAGAAACAAUGAUUUUUCAUUUUAAUUAUUUUCAGUACAUGCCUACAAAAGUCUAUUUUGUAACUGUUGCAUAAAAUAAACCUAAUCUAUGGUUUUAUUUUUAUCCUAAAAAAAUGUUGUGCCUUAACAAUAGGGCAUUGUAUGUUAAUAAGGGAAAACAAAAACUUUUUUUAACAGACGGGGAAAAUAGGAACUUUUCGCCAUUAAAAUUUAAGUUCUUUUAAAAUGUUUUUAAUAUUAGAGUUGGGAAAAACUCAUUAAAGUUAAAUAAAAUUGAUAAAAAAUUAUUUUUGCAUAAUCUAGCAUUUACAACAAAAAUACAUUUUUAUAACUGGCAUCUAUCUUGAUACAUAGGUUUGAAAUAAUACUUUAUCCUCUGGUUUUUAGUUUCAAUUAAUAUGAGACCAGGAUAGAUUACAUUUUUAAAAUUUUUACUUUGAAAUCAUUUUAGUAUGCUAUUAUUAUAUGUUCUCCUAGUAUUGAGUCACUUUGGUGGUAAAAAAAUAGCUAUUUAUUCAUUGUGCCAUAUCAGUAAUUUAUUAGUGUUCAAAAAUACUGUAUGUUGUAUUACAUAACAAACCAGAGCAGUUCCUAGGUGGAGAAGGGUUCUGAUUACCAGUUACUAUGCAGGCAAGAAUUAAACUUUGUACUUCAAAAGGAGGUUUUGUUUUUGUUUUUUGAGGUGCCGGUUAUGUAAGUUGUUGAUUUUUAUUUCCUCAAAGCCUGGCAGGUGUUUUCAUUGCAAUUUUUCAUUGGUAAAGGCUUACAGGAAAGCUUUUUCUUUUGUUUAAUUAUUUUUAAAGUUUGGUGGUGAAUUAAUUCUGCAAGAAAAUGAAAUACAGUUUUCCUUUGAGAUAAUAUACGCCAAACCUUCAGAAGUUAAGGAUGGUGAAUAAAAACAUCUUGUUAUAUAUGUGUGUGUAAGACUUCUCAAACUAUUAUAAUUAAGGUAGUUUGUGUAAUUACAAAAGCAGAAAACAAUGUUUGAUUAUUAUAAUGUUCUGUUAAAAUUCUCUUUGAGGUGUAUGUUACACAUAGUAAAUUAUUAUUCAAGAAAGAUUCUGUAUUUUUUUUAAAUAGGAAAUAGAAAUUACGAAGUCACCAUUAGAUCAAUUAGUCUACAAAGACUUCAUCUUUCUCCUUAAGAUGAAGCCCUCUUCUUCAUUUAUGUCAAGUUGAAAAGAGAAUAUUUAUGGGAUUGAACUUACGUAUAAAAUAUGGACUUCGAAUUCAUCUACCCUACGUCCACUGCUGGCAGUAGCUAAAGUUAGUUUCAUAGUCUAACAGAAGAGACCGUGAGCUGCCAUGGUGAACUCUGGUGCUGCUGGUGGCUUUUUCCCCCGUUUGCUGGUAUUACUUGAGCUACUAUAAGAUGCAUAUACACAAGGGGUUGAAUUUACACUAAAACUAUGAAGUGGUGUUUCCAGUCUACGUUCCUGCCUCUUAAACUUUGUUUUUAAUCACCCUCACUUUCUCUCAGUCUUUUUCAUAUAAUGGGCUAUCGGUGAUGACAGGGAUUAAAAUAGUAUCUUUGAAUAUCCUUUCCUCCUCACACAUUUAAAGCUGUAGAGGAACCAGACCACUGCUGUUGCCAAGACAUGCUUAGACACCAGCAUUUACUUCGCAUGCUGUACCCUGCCUCACCCACACUACCAAAUUGAAGGGUAGAAAGGGGAGUCCCAACUUCAGACUUCAGUCUGCUGGGAAGAACUCUUCCUCUCUCCCUGUUUUUAGAGCAUUUAUGUUUGUUUUUUGUUUUGUUGUUGUUCCUUACCUAUCACACUCAUUUAUUGGUGUGCUGUUGUAGACUUUUAAGGACAGGGAUUAUGUAUCUUGGUGAAUUUUGUUUCUACUUCAACCUUGGUAGCUAGCCCAAUGUUUUGAACAAAUUAGGUGCUUAAUAUAUGUUGAAGUAAGUUAAAUAAAGGGUAACUAUUAGCAUUAGUAUUUCUCAUGGCUCAGUUGUGUAAACUGGUUGCUUAUUUUAUUUCCUCUGCAAAUAUUUAUGAUUAUCACCCCCCACACACACUAAAUUACUUACUAAAGUUUUGCUUUGGAUACUACCUCUCAGGCAGUUAGCUCUAGAAGAUGUGAUUGCCUCCAAUGAAAUGGUUAUAUCAAACUCUCUGCCCUUGAAUAUACUUUGCCAAACAAAUUUGAAUUUUCUGAAUAAAUUGGCCAUGUCUGAAA